AGGCUGGGCUUCUGCCAUGAUGUCAGAGGGAAAGAAACCCACAGCUUGCUAAUUUCACCUCCCAAUCAGCCCCGGGAAGAAGAUCACCGGGAACAGUUGUUUCCCCCUGUGGUCAUGACGGCUUCGCACAGUGACUCUUUGGUGGUGUUGUUUGGGGCAACAGCUGGUGCAUAUGGGGCUAAACUGGGUUCGGAUGAGAGGGAACUAAUUCUCUUGGUGUGGCAAGUUGUGGAUCUACACAGCAAGAAGGUAGGGACACUACACAAAUCCCUGGUGAAAGCAGACAAUUUGGACUUAAGUGACCAGUGUCGCGAAGUGAGUGGCUUGACACCAGAGGGACUGGGCAAAGCUGAGCCGCUGGACCGGGUUCUUCAACAGUUUAGUCAGCUGGUAUCCAGUGAUUUGAAAGUACUUGGAAGGAGCUCUUACACACUCUGCAGUGAUGGCCAGUUACUCAUUCGACAAGUCCUCCACCCAGAAACAUCUAAGAAGAACUUCCUGCUCUCAGACUGCUUCUAUUCCUUUUAUGAUCUGCGCAAAGAAUUUCACACUUGCUACCCUAGUUCAGCCGCCGUGAAAGAUCAGACUAUCAAGACCAUGGCAGAAUAUCUAGGCUUAGGGACAGAUGAAACAGAGGAGGACUUUGGCGUGUGGCAAGUGAAAACCAUGGUGGCUAUCAUUUUCAGCAUGCUCUCUGAAAGUUGUAAUCACAUAUUUACUGAGCCUGAAACUGUGAAAUACAAGUACGAAACAGGUCCUUGUAGUAAAUCUGAAACAGUGGACAGUGAGACAGUAAUACGUGCCAGAGGUUUGCCAUGGCAGUCUUCAGACCAAGAUAUUGCUCGAUUUUUCAAAGGACUCAACAUUGCCAAAGGUGGUGUGGCUCUUUGUCUGAAUGCUCAAGGAAGAAGAAAUGGGGAGGCAUUAGUUCGGUUUGUCAAUUCUGAACAGAGAGAUCUCGCGCUGGAAAGACAUAAGCAUCACAUGGGUAGCAGAUAUAUUGAGGUUUACAAAGCAACUGGGGAAGAAUUCUUAAAAAUUGCAGGAGGCACCUCCAAUGAAGUGGCCCAGUUCUUAUCUAAGGAGAAUCAAGUUAUCAUCCGGAUGAGAGGCCUUCCAUUCACUGCUACUCAGGAGGAUGUCUUGGGGUUUCUGGGGCCAGAGUGCCCAGUCACAGUCACAGGACGGAAAGAGGGACUUCUCUUUGUCAAGUACCCAGAUGGCAGGCCCACAGGAGAUGCAUUUGUGUUAUUUUCCUGUGAAGAAUAUGCACAGAAUGCACUUAAAAAGCACAAAGAAAUACUUGGAAAACGUUACAUUGAACUCUUCAGGAGCACAGCAGCAGAAGUCCAACAGGUACUUAACCGAUAUAUGUCAACGCCUCUUAUCCCCACUCUCCCAACUCCCAUCAUUCCUGUCAUACCCCCACCAUAUACCAUUGCCACGGGUAGCGUACGUGACUGUGUCCGGCUUAGAGGCCUUCCUUACACUGCUGGCAUUGAUGACAUCCUGGAAUUUAUGGGAGAUGCCACAGCUGAUAUCAAGCCCCAUGGAGUUCACAUGGUCCUCAAUCAACAGGGACGACCAUCAGGUGAUGCUUUUAUCCAAAUGAAAUCUGCUGACAAAGCCUUUAUGGUGGCUCAAAAAUGUCACAAAAAAAUGAUGAAGGACCGUUAUGUGGAAGUAUUCCAGUGUUCAGGAGAGGAGAUGAACUUUGUUUUAAUGGGUGGCACUUUAAAUCGUAGUGGCUUAUCCCCGCCGCCAUGUCUUUCUCCACCAGCUUAUGCUGCUUUCCAAACAGCAGCUGUGAUCCCAGCAGAGGCAGCGCUUUACCAGCCACAAGCCCUCUUGCCAACCACCAGGACUCCCCAGGCCUCUGCGGCUGCUCCUCCAACUGUUACCUACUACCCAGCUCAGGCUGCUCAGCUUUAUAUGAAUUACACAGCUUACUAUCCCAGUCCUCCAGUAUCCCCUACCACGGUGGGGUAUAUUGCAGCUCCUCCAGGAGCUGUAGCCGCUGCUGCCAGUGCCACCCACACUCCAAUUCUGCCCCAGCCUGGAGCAUUAGUCCGUAUGCAGGGCUUGCCAUAUAACACAGGAAUGAAGGAGAUACUCAGUUUCUUCCAGGGGUACCAGUAUGCACCUGAUGACUACAAUGGCCUUAUUCAGCUGAGCGAUCAAGCAAGGAGUGUGUUACAAGCACCGAAAGAGUGGGUCUGUUUGUAACUCUUUGUAACUUCUGAAGAAGCUCCACGCAGAUUCCAUCCUCGUGCUUUACAACUUUAGUGGCCAGCCCAGUGGAGAGGCAUUGGUGACUUUUCCAAGCCUGGAUCUAGCUAAGAAAGCAGUGGCUGAGAAAAACGGACAGCUCCUGGGAAGCCGCUAUGUAGAACUGUACCUGGUCUAACUAAACACUCUUUGGGGGAUGGGGAAAGAAUGUCGCACUAAACACCGUGCCUUUUGCAAAAUAAGAAGUCUUCCCUUGCCACCCAGGCAGCAGUAAAUGUGCCUUUUCAGCAUAAUCUGUUGGAAUGUAGAGUGGUAUGUGUCCUGUAUUUAAUUUGAAAAAUGGCGUAUCCUAUGCCAAAGACAAAGUGAAACCAAAAAUUAUGCAGUUAAUUUACUUAAUUUCUAAUGUACUUGUUUAAAGAUAAGCAAACCUGCUUCUGGCAUCUAGUUAAUCCUGAAGACAAUCUAAUAGCACUUCAGCUAUCGCAGCCAUGGGAGAAACCUGUUCAGUAGCAUUUGAAGUGGAAAGCGAAGCUUGAGUCAUUCAGAUUCUUCUGUGUUUAGUUUUUAAGAGUUUAUACUUGACAAAGUGUCUGUUUUUUGUAGAGUUUAAAUGUCUUUAGGAAGGUCUUUUGGAAUGCAUAGCUUUCCCAGUUCAAAGCGUAGAUCAUAUUGAUUUUUUUUGUUUUGUUUUGUUCUUGACUGGAAAAUACCAGGAUGCUGGACCCCAAAUGCAAUUGUGCUUUCUCAUGUUUUCAUUAUACAUUGUUUUGCAAAAGCCAUAUUUGUCUUUCUUACCAAUGUACUGCUGCCAGUGUGUAAAGCAAAAAAAUAAAAACAACGGGAAAACCAGGAAAAUCCUCCCUGCCCACCCAUAACUCUCUGCCCCCAGCCCCAAACUUUUAAUCUCUACAGGACAAAAAUGGCACAUAAACCUGAGUACUAAUAAGUUAUAUUUUUUUAUUUAAGCAUAACAGCUUUCAGAUACUGUAUUAAAGAUUUUGCUCUAGUUUAUGUGCAUGCAAUUUGUUUACAUCUUUAAACUACUUUAUUUGUAUAUUAUGAAACAACAAGAUAUGUUGAAAUCUAAAUCCUCUAGUGCAUGCUUUUUUCUUUUUCCCUGUGUGUGUAUAUACAUAAGCUAGAAGAAGUACUUUUACGUCAUGUAGCAUGUGUUUAAAAAAAAAGACAUCUGCUGUAGAAGCACUAAAUGACUUUGUUUUUACUGUGCCUUACUUCAAAACCAUUCCAAGUGCAAUACCAGCAGAGCAAAAUGUAAUGAAUCCUGUUGUGACAAGUUCAUGGGUGUCUGAAUUGAUCUUUUUUGUUAGUGUACAAUUUGAGUUGUACUUCAAAGAACUGAAUGAUGUAUGCUUCUUUAUAUUACAACAAAUAAAAGAGAUGCUUA